UUGUUGUGAUACUACCACAUUGGUCUAUUUGUUUACUCUAAAAUAAGGUUCGCUUCCCUGCCCAGCUUCUCAUCUCCACUGACUGCACACCAACUCUUGUCUGGUCAACAGCAACGACAACCUCAACCCUCUACCAGCUUCAAGUUAUGUCUUCACUGGUCAACUCUCCUAAAAAGUACUACAUCAAGCCGCCGGCUUCAGCCGUCAGUCCUUCAGCAUCACUCUCGUCGUCUCUCUCUUCGCGCCCGACUACGCCGGUCAGCUCACUGCAUAAUAAUGGCGCAAAUCAUCCGCCCUUGCAACGAGCAGCUUCGCCAAAGAGAGUGGUCAGAUCUAGAGAGUCGCCUGCGAAAGCCUUUGAUGGGGAUUUGAGGUCCUCGGUCAACCUGGCACCGCCGAAGGAUACGGGUGGUGCGCCUGCAUCUAAGGUCGCAUCAACACAUCUAGUCUCCCGACCCCGUUCACCUCUGAGACGGCCCACUUCAUCGGCUUUAUUGAGAGAGAGUCACUCUAGUUUCUCUAGCGAUGCGACGGCUGAAAAUCCUGCUCACGAACGGUCUCUAUCGGUGCGAUCUUCGAUGGGUUCCUUCACUCCCAACAAGCUCAUGACAUCAGCACUGCCACGGUCCAGCGCUGCUUCCUCCGAAGAUUUCUCUCAAGAUUUAGCAUCAUCUGGUCAGGGGAAUGUACGAGUACUAGUACGUGCUCGUCCAUUUGUGCCGCGUGAGGUAGCGGCAGGUAGUCGCUGCCUGCUGUCGAUGGAUUCGAGCGCGGACAUCACUAUUAUUCAUUCUGAAGAGACCAUCAAUGGUAGCGACAAAACCGAUACAGCAUCUAUACAGCGGCGCUCAAAGCUUUCAAAGGAGUUUGUUUUCGAUGCAUCACUUUGGUCAGUAGAUAAAUCGACUUCAAAUCGCUUCAUUGGUCAGCCUGAGCUGUACAAAACCGUCGGAAAGGAAUUUUUGGAUCACAGUUUCAACGGCUAUCAUACCUGCAUUUUGGCUUAUGGUCAGACUGGCUCUGGGAAAUCAUAUACAAUGAUAGGCUCUGAUAAUGAGCCAGGAAUUAUACCUCAAACUUGUUAUGACCUCUUUGACCGCGUCAAGCAGAUGACGACAAGCACCACCAGUUUCACAGUGAAAGUAACGUUUUUUGAAAUCUAUAACGAGAACGUUUAUGAUCUCCUGACUUCAAGGAGUUUGAAGGGCCAGCCGACUCCGUUGAAAGUCAGGGAAUCGCCUGUCGAUGGUCCCUACGUCAAAGAUUUAUCGUCGCACUCAGUUCAUAACUUUGAAGAAGUGGAAAAUCUUUUAAGGAAAGGAAAUGAACUACGUGCUACAGCGUCAACAAAUAUGAAUGAUUCUUCUAGUCGGUCACAUGCGGUUUUCACUUUGAGUCUCAAAAAGAUAGUGAGCGAUCCUAUUUUAGACGAAACAACCGAAGAAAUGAACGCCCGAAUACGCUUUGUUGAUCUUGCAGGAUCUGAGAGGGCAAACUCCACAGGGGCCAGCGGGAGCCGCUUAAGAGAAGGAUCUAAUAUCAACAAAAGUCUCACCACUUUAGGGCGAGUGAUCAACAUUCUUUCGGAGUCGGCACUUUCCAGCAAAAAGAAGGAACUAGUCCCUUACAGAGACUCGACGUUGACUUGGCUUCUGAAAGAUAGUUUGGGCGGCAAUAGUAAAACAGCAAUGAUUGCCUGUGUAAGCCCCUGCGACUACGAAGAGACUCUUUCUACUUUACGAUACGCCAGCCGAGCGAAACAUAUCCGAACCCGUGCGGUUGUCAAUCAGGAUAUUAUAUCGGCUGCCGAACGCGAUCAGAAGUUAUUGGAAAUGCAAGACACGAUCAACAAACUUCAAGAUACUCUUGCUACUACGACAAAUUCGCAGAAGUUGCAGUCAGAUAGCCAGGUUCAGGAGCUGGAGAAGUUUCGAAAAGUUAUUCAAUACUACGAGGAGAGAGCUGAAGUGGAAGAAUCAAAACGUCGCGCUCUCCUACAAGAGAAUGACACUGUUAAGAGGCAUAUUAAGCUGAUGGCAGGACACGUGAAGGACAUGAGACGGGUCAUUGAUCGGCCUGUUACUCUACCUGAAUCUCUGCUUGAGGAGUGGAAUUCUCUGAUGACUGACGUCGGAAACUUUAGAGAAGGCUUAACUUCUGAUAUAUUGCGCCACGCUAAUAGAAGUGUGGUUGCCUAAUUAUUUGGCGUGUGGCGGUUCAUGAUAGUUGGCUUGGGAAGUGUAUGAUUUCGUAGAAUAUAU